ACUCAAACGAUGAACAAAAAAAAAUAAAUUAAGGAAAUGUAAUUAUGGUGACAUUUACGAGGAAUGACGCAUCAAAUGUUACAAGUAAUAAGCAAGUGCUCUACCUCUCAACUCGUAUUUUAAAAGAAUGCUUUGGACCAUCGUUUUCAUUUGCUUAAUAUGUUCUCCUACUGGACGUAACGAACAAGAAAUGCAUAAUGUUAAGCCUAGAAUUAUCGGAGGAUAUCGUAUUAAUAUCAGAUCGCGUCCAUUUAUGGUAUCUCUUCAUGACGAAUUAAAUGAUUUUCAAUGCGGAGCAAAUAUAUUGUCAAGAAGAUGGGUGAUUACUGCGCUUCAUUGUUUUAAUUCCAUAGAUCAAAACUAUUAUUACAUUCGUGCAGGCUCAAAUUAUACCGAUCACGGUGGAACAUUACACAGAGUUACACCACCCUUUCGAUUCUCUUCGAUGAUUCAACCGAUUGGUUUACCGAACAACAAUAAAAUACCACGUAGACUUUACGUUUCUGGCUGGGGACAUUCUUCUUUGAACAGUAACUCUCAUCGUAUUCUGAUGACUGUGAACAUUCCUUACGUUCCAUUUAAAGCCUGUGUCAACUCUGUACCAUUGUAUAAAUUACUCGUUAGAAGGGAUCGUCAUCUCUGUUACGGUAGACGCGGCAAGGAUUCAUGCUACGGAGAUUCCGGCGGUCCAUUGGCUGAUGUUCGCACGAUUUAUGGCAUCGUAUCCUUUGGCCAUAAUUGCGGCGAGGUUUCUGGAGUUUACGCAAAAAUCUUUUACUAUCGUGAAUGGAUCAAGAUUAUUACAAAAUUAUAA